GCUGCCGCCCGGCGCGCGAGAGAAAUGGCGCUGGAAAGGCUCCUUUCUUCCCGCCCCCUCUGCUCCCCCUCCCCCUCAGCUCCACCGCGGAUCCACCCGCGGCUCCUCCGCCCGCAGAGAAGCCUCCCCAUCUGGCUCCCCGACCCUUUUUUCUACUUAUGAAUGAGUUUUGGAGCCCCAUAGCCCCGCUGCUUUCCGAACCCGCUUCCCUACCCCCGCCCCUCGCUUAGGGCCGGGCCUCCCCAGCGCAACGCGGGAAAUGGCCGCGCUCCACACGGGCCCCUCCAGACGAGCGAGGCCCUCGCUCCGCGGCGGGGGGCGGCUCCGGCCCGGCGCGGACUCCCGGCGGCGGCCAUCAUGGCGGCCGGGGUCCGCAGGCCCGCUCCGCUCCCCCCACCUCACCCAGUCGCUUUCCCUGUCGCCGCGAGGCAUCUUCCUUCUUUUGGACGCCUGGCGCGGUCCUGCGCUCGCCCCGCGUUGGAGAGACGUCUUGGCCCCCCUCCUGUGCCGGCGGCGACGACGGUCGGAGGUUGUAGCGGCUCGCGCGUAGGCGGUGGCGGCGUCGUGCGCUCUGCCCCGUCACAGCCGCCGGCGCGCAGUGCUCGCCCAGCCCAGCCCAGCCCCGCCAGCCGCCGCCGCGCUGCUCCCCGCCCUCCCUCCUUCCCUCCCUGCCCCCACCCGCUGCCUCAGCCCCCCGCGGAUGUCGCUGUUGCUGCCGCCGCCGCUCAGUGCGCGCAGGGCGGGAGCGAGGAGGAGACGGGAGACCCAAGCGGCUGGGCGCCAUUGAAUAAAAGCUCUGCAAGUCUGCAAUAAAAAUGGCCUC